AUGCCCGGUUUCGACUUUAGCAAUCACACUCGCAAUGCUGCUCUCCAUGCACAAGGCGUUCCCCUGCCGAAAGCAACAAGCACAGGUACGACCAUCGUGGGCUGUAUAUACAACAAUGGCGUGGUCAUCGCUGCAGAUACAAGAGCGACUUCAGGUCCCAUAGUAGCAGACAAGAACUGUGAAAAACUACAUUAUAUCUCCCCUAACAUAUGGUGUGCUGGCGCUGGUACCGCAGCAGAUACUGAAUUCACUACCGCCCUCAUCUCCUCCAACCUCGAACUACAUUCCUUAUCCACAAACCGUCAACCUCGUGUGGUCACUGUCAUGACCAUGCUGAAGCAACACCUAUUUCGAUAUCAGGGACAUAUCGGUGCCUAUCUGGUCGUGGCUGGUGUAGACCCGACUGGAGUAGGUCUUUUCACAGUACAUGCGCACGGCAGUACCGACAAGUUGCCCUACGUAACUAUGGGCUCGGGCUCUCUUGCAGCAAUGGCUGUCUUUGAAUCAACAUGGAAAAAAGAUUGCACACGUGAUGAGGCUGUCAAGUUCUGCUCCGAAGCUAUUUUGGCUGGUAUUUUCAACGAUUUAGGUUCCGGAUCGAACGUUGAUGUUUGUGUCAUCGACAAGGACAAACCAACUCAACUAAUGAGAAACUACAUCAAGCCAAAUGAGCGAUCGAAGAAGGAGCGGAACUACAAGUUCCAGAAGGGUACCACAGCCGUACUGGACCAAAAGAUCAUUACAAGAGAAGAGAUAGGCCGCUACGUUACCGUGCACGAGAUUGCUGGAAGCGACAGCGACAGUGGAAGUCUUGUGGUGGUAGAGAAGAUGGAUGUUGACGAUCAGCCGUGA